AUGGAGGUGUUGAGACAAACGAGAUGUUUUAUCAGCUUCAUUUUUCUGUGGACCCGCUGUUCUCCAGGCUCUCUCCAGAGCUCCCUCCACCAUUCUUGUCCCGGGAUUCCCAUUACUGAUGUUCCUGAUGAGCAUCUAUUAUUGCUGAAGUUUGUCUUUGGCUCAUCAGCCCUCCAGGCCUUGGACCUAGUUGAUCGACAGUCCAUCACUUUAAUCUCGUCGCCCAGUGGGAGGCAUGUUUACCAGGUGCUCGGAAGUUCUGGCAAAACAUACACGUGUUUGGCUUCUUGUCAUUACUGUUCAUGUCCUGCGUUUGCCUUCUCCGUGCUCCGGAAGAGUGACAGCCUGCUGUGCAAGCAUCUCUUGGCAGUUUAUCUUAGUCAGGUUAUGGGGACCUGUCAGCAGCUAAGUGUUUCGGAUAAGCAAUUGACGGACAUGUUGAUGAAGAAGAAUCAAGAAGCAUAAAAGGGAUAUUGCAGAAGCAGCUGACGCGGUGAACAAACAGACGAAAAAGAUCUUACAGCCUAGGAAACCUCAACCCUGUGCCCCCAAAGCGUGAGGUGCUAGUGAGUGAAUGCUGUGUGAGAAGGCCACGAUAUUGCAGUGUUCUGUGGGGGGCAGAGCCUUUUGUUACAAUGAGGUGUGGCAAAUAAACUAUGAAGAUUUUUCUGCUACUUGGGAAACUUCAA